AUGAUGGCGAACCUGAUCACGGACGAUGGGCACGAGCCCAGGUAUGCUAGUAUUAAGUGGGAAAUGUGCAAACUGCCAUGUGCGAAUUGCGAUACUUUUUUACGCGGUUCCCGCAAAAACUGCCUAUUUUCUGCAGGCAAGGAGCAUUUGAAUUUGAUGAGUCCGAAGAUUCCGAUUGUAAGCACGGCCACCUGGGUCAUGCACGGAGCUGCUAAAGAGCAUGUUGAAAGGGGAACGAGGCCCCACCUACUCGAUCCACAACAGUGCCACGCCCCUUUGCCUCGACGCGUGGGGAGAAUUUGCCAUGAACGAGGUGGAGCUGGGAAAAAGGUGAAAUAAUGUGGAGGAUUUGAAAUAGGGACGGGCUUUGCGGGUAAAUGGCAGGCGGGCCCGGCAACGCUGCGAAGCAGAUUGAAAUGCUCCAGCGCUCACGGGGUGACGUCUUCAAGCCCACUCGCAAAGCUGCCCUGCCCGCAGAAAAGAAACCGCGGCAGAAGAAUAGCAAUAGGCGGAGGCCAGGCGCUAUCCAGUGCGGAGCUCUUGCAUCUGCCCCGGGGGGCCGGCCAAGCGGUAUCGCUUCAGGGGCUUUCUUUCACAUGUGAAAAAAUGGACUUUGUUUCUGGCGGUCAUUCUUUCACAUGUGACAAAAUGGACUUUGUUUCUGGCGGCCAUUAUUUUACAUGGGAAAAAAUGGAUUGUGUGUCUGGCGGCUAUUCUUUCACAUGUGAAAAAAUGGAUUUUGUUCUGGCGACCAUUCUUUCACAUGUGAAAAAAUGCAACUUGUUCCUGGCGUCCAUUUUUCCACAUGCGAAAAAGUGGGGCUUGUUCCUGGAGGUCAUUCCUUCACACGAAAAACGAGACGUGAGGCCUGUCGCUACUGGCAACUAUUUUGUCGGAUGCGGAUGGGCGCGCUCUCUUUCUGGCGACUAUUUCCCCACAUGUGAAAAAAUGAGCGCGCUUUCUGGAGGGCAUGUUCAGUGAGUGAACGGCUGCGCCUUCUUGCCAGUUCCUGCCUUUUCAGAUUUAAGUCGUGCGCCUUUUUUCUGUCGUCGAUUUUUCCACGGCCAUCCAUAUACGGAAAUGGGCACUCUCUCUGAGACGCACUCUUUCACAUGCGGGGACAUGCAGUCUCCUCCUGCCGCUGAUUUUUUGUCACUUCUGUGGGCGGCCCUUCUACUUAUUCUGAGUGUCUGGCCCGAUCCUUGCCGGCGCCGACUUUGAGGCGCCGCAGUUCUUGCCGCGCAGGUGUCUCAUCUAUCAUCAUAAAUGGUGGGCGGGAAAAUCGCGCCACAUUAUUUCACCUUUUUCCCCCCCAGGUAGCAAUAGACCCACUUCCCUUCCAAUUUGCCGCGACGCGUGGGGAGAAUUUGCCAUGAACGAGGUGGAGCGCCUCGAACUAAGCUAGUGGGCGCAUUUCAUACUGGUCAACAAAGUGUCUUUUUUGCAUGGUAGAUUAUGUUUUCAGUUGGUCGAUUUCCCACCUCCUGCCGCUCCCAUACCAUGGACAAGGUUAUGUCUUGGGACGAAGCAUCCAAGCUGGCUAUCCUGAGUAAAAACGUCCCGUCGGCCAACUCCAAGCUGUGCCUCAUUUUGGUUUUUUUGCAGAACAAAAACACUCCAACAUGUUUGUCGUGCGAGUCUGCAUGCCAAAAUUAUGUAUCUCUCAUGCGCAGCUCCAUGGAUGCGAAACGUUUUUCGAUGCUCAUCUCUCUGGAAGUUCAUCAUGUCCGCAUCAGAAUGGAGAAAAAAUGGAUUCGUGAUGCGACUGCACCUUCUAGCCACCCCGGUUGAACAAGAUUUGUGUCGCAAAGGUCUCAUCUUGAAUAUGGGUGGGGGGCGUUUUUUCGUAGGAUGCUGGCGGGGGAUGACGGCAUAUUGUGCCAGGCCGAUUGGAUACCUAACGCAAAAAGUUCGUCGCAAAGUUCGCUUCGUGCCAUCCUUGCAUGAUAAAAACGGUUAUCAUGGUGCUUAAAAAUGCAACAUUCACGACGAUCGACAGGAGGGAGCACAGCAGUGACGCUCUUGCUCUUUCCCCCGAGAAUUUCUUUCACACUUGGCGCGUUUCUAUGCAAGGAAAAAUUGUGAGUGAUGCCACGCUCAUGCACAACCAGCAAAAUGAAUAUAGUGACUGUCGUGUCGCGAAUUUUUCUUUCCAGAAGUGGGACCCAUGCCCCUUCCAGGCGAUCUAUCCUCGGGAAUUCUCCCCCUCUCCCCAGACGCAAAAACGAAAUCUCUUUAUCAUGCUGAUUUGUCGCCACACCCACAGACCGGCUCUGUCCUUCGACAAGGCGAGCGCGAAGUGACACGACACUAUAGUAAGUACGCAUCGGCUCAUUGCCAUUUGUUAGGCAAUUCUGGGCAAAACUGCUGUUCUGCUGCCUUCUUCAGUCAUGCUGAGCCAGCAAAGAGUCUAGGCGCUAUCCAUUCCGACGCUCUGCUUUUUCUGUGAUAUUCUCUCUGGCAUGGCAGAGUGAGUUAUUGUGCACGCUACAGAUCCCUCACCCGCUUCCCAAAUUUGUAUUUGAGUGUGGACGUCGAGGGAGGAGAUUUGUCAUUUUGAUGGAGUCCCGGCAAAGAUGGAUGCUACACCGAAGCUGAGUGGGCGGCUCAAUUCCCGCAUGGUUGGAACAUCGUAUUAAAUGCAAAUAUGUCUGGGUCGUGGAGGGUUCCAGGCUUGUAAAUCGUCACGCUGAGCUACCAGCAGCCUCUAUGCUCCCGGAUUCUGUAAAUACAUAUUGCGCAAUGGCGGUGAUUUUUUCUUCUAUGCAAAAACGCUGCUUCUCAUGUCUUUUACGCACAACAGGACCGCUCACAUCAAAUGGGUGAUGUUACUUACCUGUGUAAGUAUAAUUCCUUUACUCGUGCUGCUUUUGUCAUGCACGGAGCUAUUAGCACGAUAACUUUCCAGACCCGGAUAUAAAUAUUUGCAGUUGAUACAUCGGCGCAUCGGACCCAGACAACUAGCCGAAGAAAAAAGCCCAUCGUACUCGUAAUUUUGCAAUCAUGAGAACAGGAAUGGCAAAACUUCUUCGAUGUCAUGGCUGAAGAUCUGCUGUCAAACGACUUGCGCGCCCGCGCGCGUAUCUAUAUAUAAGUCCGCAGAAAGACCAGCAUUGAACGAACGUGCAGGGUUUUUUUCUUUCCAUAUUAGUCACCUCGAUGUUCAGCCGGUAAGUACUUACUUGCUUACCCUUACAACGUAUGGACCAAACAGCUGGGUCUUACAAGUAUUAAGUCAUCAUAAUCAUCAUCAUCAUAAUCAUCAUCAAGUGUGUUGCAGGACCAAUUGCUUUUAUGUAUGCAUGCGAAAUGUCGCAUCUAAUGCGAUAUUGGUCCAGGAAGUCGCAUCUCGAGUUUGUGGUUUGAAUCUACCGCUUUGCAGUUGUAGGUAUUUUUUCUUAACGCAAGAAAAAAAAAGCAGCUUCCGACUUCUACUUUUGCUUUCACUGCAGGAAUUGGUAAUAUAUAUACCAAUUGGGGCCUUACUAGCGUCUCCCUGGCCAACAUGUACUUACAUGGUGAGAUAGCGAACAGUAUUAAAAAUAGGGUCGGCUUGAGAUAAAGUCGACUGACAUCAAUGACAAACAUACUCGAGUAGAACCGUCCGGAGCAGAACGGAAUUAAAGAAACAAGCGGUCUCGCUUUUUUCUAUUGAGAAUUUGUAUGGUACUAUCGUAAAAAACACUUACUCACAGGAGUGGGACCCCUCCGUGGCGGACCGGAAUGAGGAAAUCGACCGUCUGGAAGAUCUACUUCGUGAAAACAUUCCCAUCCUGGGUCGGGCUGAGGUGGACUUGUGUUGCGUGUCUUGCUUUCGUUCCUGGACUGGCACUGGAAAUCAGAUGUAUGAAAAAGAGAUUCCAGUGUAGAAUCUUUCAUCUCCUUGCAUGACCCUUUCCUCGUCUGAAGAGCAGUUUGUUUGUGUUUGUACAGUCCCACGCAUGAGAAAAUAGAACAUCUUGUCAUGCUCGCUUCUACAUGCAUAUACACUUUGACGCUAUCUUCUAUACUUAAAUGCGUCUCAUCCACAAUUCAGCACCACCGACCCAGAGAUAUUUGCAGUUGAUCGACCCAACACACCGCCUACGCCUGGCACACUGCACGUUGCCAGGGACAAGGAAUAGGAUUAACACGUCAAGAUGUAAUAAAUAGUAAUGAAUGACAUGUUUAUAAUUUUGAUUUGUCUUUGUGAGAGGCUUGCAGGAUGUCAGGUGAAGCUCUGCAGGAAGAAGUUGAUGUUGUCGGUGGAUUUGAAUCAGUGCCAUGUACUACUUGUCAAAACCAAUUGCAGUUGCAGUUGUAUUUUUUCUUUCGUAUGCACGAGCUUUCCUGUUUUAAUUCUUGUUCCUCUCCGCAAUUGUUAGGACAUGUAAAAGCAUCGACACGUAAAAGUCCUUCGAUUCUACUUCGGUAGCUGCUUCUUGUAUAGCUUCUUGUUCUCAGCCGGAUGUGGUAUGUCUGAGCCUCAACAACUUGCGCUUUGAGUUCGAGUCGUUUUCUACGUAAAAAGAAGCUGUUGUAGCUUACCUUGUAUUCUAAUAUCAAUCUGCCUCUACCUCCUGAGCAACGUCCGUUGGAUUUGCGCAACUGGAUAAGACGGACCAGGCGGCACUAACGAAGGCUAAUGCCGACGCCGCGGAGGCCCGAGAAGACGAUGCAGCGGACGACGCCAAAAUCAGCGACCUGGAAGAUGUGCAAGAAAAAAACUGUGUAAGUGUAAGUUUGCAAAGAUGUAGAAAAUGCAAAACCGCUACACUUGUGACAAGUGUAGAGGAAGAAGAAGAAGCAGCUUCGGCACGACAAUGUCGUGCCGAAGCUGCAUGUUCAUAGCCACCCGACGCUUGAUGCGUGCUUUCACGUACACUACUAGCUGCGCAUGACAGGUGUUUUCUGUAGAUGCAGAACGAAAUUUGUGACGCUGCUCUUCCUACACAAUUUUUUUCUUGGAUACAAGGUGACAAGAACGAUCUCAAGACACAACACAAUGAGGACCAGAAUACUAUCGAACAGUUGCGGAGGCAGCUCGAAAAGGCCAAAGAAGCAGCCAAAACAGCAACUGAUAACGCCGAAGCAGAGAACGCCCGGGACGACCAGAAGAUUGAAGACUUGCAACUAUGCAUUGCAAAUACGUCUGGGUCUGGAAAGGAGGAAGUUCUGCUGCUUGUCUUGCAUGAGUGCCAAGUCUGUAUUGCAUGACCAGCACAAGUUGUGCCUUUUUUGUCAUGCAAAAACGCCACGUGUAAUGCUUAUGCUUGCUACGUAUAAAAGUAAGAAAGCUCGACGAAAACUUGUCAUGCUUGGUGGCUCUUGGAACAGGCUCAGCCAAGGGGGGCUCAGCAUCACAAGUUUCCAGACCCAGACACAUUUGCAUUCGAUAGCAACACGAGCUUGACGGCAACACGCUGUACAACCUAUGACAAUGCAGAACUCCCCCUCCCCCUCAUUUGCAUGGCAUGAACAGCAAUACAAACACCAGCACACGUGGAGCCGAUGCAUGACAAAUUUAUGUCCCUAGUGUAGUACUGCUUGGGCUUCCGGAGUUUGUCAUGCAAACAAUGCUACAAGGCAGCAACUGGAUUUGGUGUAGUUUUGCAUGACAAAUAAGGAGGAUGGAGAGUUGUGCACUCUCAUACGACGAGCUGCAAGAAGAGAUCCAAAAGAAUCAGAAGCUGCAGGCCGGACUUGUAGCCGCGGGCGGCGUUGCAGCAGGAGCAACGGGAUUGGGACUGGUCGCAGCCCUAUGCAAUGCAAAAGCAUCGUGCUACUAUUCAAAAUUGCAUCACAAAUUUAUUUCCCAAGUUGAAGCAUUGAAUUUGUAAUGCUGGCGAUUGUGGUAGACAGAGCAUGAAAUCUGUAAUGCAGGAGUAGCUGCAGCAGCCACUACGAGUACGAUACUUUUGCAGAGGAUAGGCCGCCCGUAGUAGGAACAAGAAAAAGAAGAAAGCAACCGGCAGUAGCGAGGACGAGAGCAGCGAAGGCGCAGCGGCUAAAAAGAAGAAAGAACACAAAAAGGCGACUGCGAAACACCGGGAGAAAAAAUGGCACGACGAUGUGGAAAAGGAGCCGCCCUCCGUGCUGGGAGAAACGCCAGCCGGUCGGGAUCUUCUCGCGGGAAAGAUUCCGGAAAUUUCCACGCAGCGGAGCAAGGCUGGUGGCAAGAACGUCGUCAGCGGCCUGGUACCGGGAAUGGACCUCUCCGUGCCCACUUUGCCUCCUGCCAGCCAGACUGCGACGGCCGGCGCACCAACGCCUCCUGUUGCGCAAACGAAGACGACGGUAGAUGUGCAAGGUGGUGGCAGCAAGGGCGGGGAAAUAUGCAGUGUUGAAAAGUCUCGUCGAUACUUAUCGUACUGGUGGUACUACACGUACUAGCAACUGCAGAUUACAAAUUUUUGCAGAAUCGAAAAUGAUACUUCCAAUGCUAACCCGGGUACUAGAAAUAGAAAAUCAGAUCUGUCAUGCAAAGAUAUCCGCCGUAUUACAUUAGCACGAGGGCGAUACUUUUCCACAGGAUAGACAAAAACCCAAGGUCGAACGAAAGGAGGUGCUGGUCCUUCUGCCGCUGCCGCACCGAAAACUACAAGCAAAUCUGCUAGUACAGCCGCGGGGAAUGAAAAAGAAGCGAAGGCGCCGUCGUCGGCGGCUAAGGACGAAGAGGUAGAUGACGAGGAGGAUGCUCCUGCCGAAAAACCACAAUCAGCCAAGCAUCACGACCACCAUCAUCAUCAUCAUCACAAAAAGGCAGAUGAUGUGGACGACCUCGACCCAGAAGCCACUGCGUUUUCCUCCGCAUUCCUACAGUUGGAGGGUGACGAGCAGCAGCAGGAUCAGACGCAACUCCAAAAGAAAGACGUCACAAAAACAACUACAACUUCUGCACGACUUUCUCAAGGUAAAGCUGCUCGGAAACUACAGAGCAGUGGUACGGCCGCGGUUUCAUCUUCUUCUUCGCCUACAAAGGGUGCCGCGACAUCGGAAAAACACGUCGAAGUAGACGAUGAACAAGCGGGUAGCAGCUCACCAGGAGCUGCAUCUACUUCCGACGUGGCGCAGAGUACAACAAAGCCCUCAUCUACAACUCCAUCCAGUGGUGCAGGAAUUCCCGCAACCAGCACCAGCACAGCAGGAGCGGCUAGUAGCUCCUCGGCAAGAAAGAUAGAAACUACGUCUUCCUCAUCCUCAGAUGUUGAUCAUGUCAACACUGGUGCUUCCAGAAGAAGUAGAACAUCAGCUGUUAAGAAAACCUCAAAUCUCCGGGGCGGGUACAGCAACCCCCAGUACGCGGCGACGGGGUCCAUGGAAGAUGUCGACGAGGAAAGGGAAACCGAUGUCUUAAAUGAAGAUGCUGAUAAGUCUGUAAAUGACGACAAAGCUGACCUGGAUCAACAACAAGCGACGUCGACCACGUCUUCAAAGUCGAACUUGAACCACCUUCAACGCAAAAGUGGUCCGCGGUUUAACCAGAAACUGGUUUCGUUUUUCAACCGAAUUUUCUUCGGCGAAGAAUCAGAGAAAAAAGAACACGACAAUGUUGAGGAGCAGGCGGGAAAAGAAGAAGAAGAACCACCACACUUGCAGCUGGCGCAAAAACUACAACUAUCCGAGGGCGAAAACCUCAAACAAAGCAGAAUCGUCGAAACUCAAACUGAUGAGGAGCAGGGCGGACACAACAACUUCCCCGAGACGAAUGAAGUAGGGGAUGUAGCAGCUCUUGCUGAAGAAGAUGGUGAAGAUGGAAACACUCGCAGUCUCUCCACUUCCUCUGCGGCGACCGACUCUACUUCGCAAUCGUACCUGAAUUUCCUGCUCAACUACGGGAGGUGGUCCUCGGAGAACGAGCAGGCGCAGGGAAUGAACAGUGCGAAGAGUCAUCUCAUCCGGGAGAGCGGGGACAAUAAACCGGAACUGCAACAAGACGCGGAAUUCAUGGAAUUCUGUUCCGCGACAACGGUCGGGAUCAUCCUCCUCUUCACUUUCGCCAUCAUCUUCUUGAUAUGCAUCGCAAAUGUGUCGUGCUACUCGUAGGUCAACAAUCGCAUGACAGAUUUCUGCAAAUGGAAAAAUCGCACUUGUGAUACUGAUUUAGCUUCAGGAAGCGAUUUGUCAUGCAGUUUUCUCUUGCAUUUAAUACGAUGUUUUUUUGCACUGCAUACCUGACCCGAAAAAUCCUCCAGCAGUCUUGCAAGGGGCGGAGUUGGAGGGGGCGAGUUGAGGCAGCAAACGGGAGCGAUGCGCUUCUGCAAAUUUGA